AUGCGUCGCCUCCCGACAAUAAACCCACAACAGCAACCUCCGGGUCGGCUUCCCCAAAUUCUCACUAACUCCGGACCGAUUUGCAAAACUGCAUUUGGCGGUAGUGCGUGCAGCAACGUAACUUACGACCAGCCUUAUUUUCCCGCUAUACCCUCUAAACCUGUCUCGACUUCGAUCAGCAACAUGUUUGGCAAUCAGUCACCUCCAGUUGUCGGCCCUUAUCGCUCGGCAAUAAACCAACUCCGAGCUCAGCAGCAAUGCGCCUUUGUUGCGUCCCUGAUAAGCAAGAGUUCCAAUGCCCGAGAGCAGCUGCUGAAGCAACAGUUGAUGAAAGCGGUCAUGAAGCACCAGUCGGACCUUGGCUACCUCGACUUCUUGCGUAAAUACGCCGAAGAUGCUACCACCACCAGCAAUAUCCAGCAAGAAUUUGAUUACCUGGACUAUAUUCGAAGAGACGCCGCCGAAGAUUUCAGUCGAAAUGGCGUCGAAGUUGCCAACUUUGAAGACUUUUGUAUAGCUGACAACAGACGAAGUCUCUGCACUGCUCAAGUUGGAGACAACGAUAACAGCCUAAUAAUAGCGACAACUACGAAAGAUAUGUACACUAAAGGACGGGAGUUUACUCUAAAGCACGUCGACGACAGUGCGAUCAUCAGCUAUGGCGACUUCACCACGACGUCUAUGAGCAAUCAUGAACCCCAAGAGUCUAACUUCGAAACUUACAGCACUUCCCCGAAAGCAUCAGACAAGGAAUACUCGGCGGUCACCGCUGCUUCUCAAGUUAACGGCGUUUCGAGGAAUCGCCGUAAUAUCUUCAGAAAUUCUCGUUCUCACCGCCGUCACCGCUCGAGUUCCCUGAAGCGCCAGGAGAGUAGCGAACGGCCACGCUCGAGACUCUGCAAAAACGUCCUCCCAGUUGCUUCUGAUGUUGGUAGCAGAAGGCCGAAGCGCUCCAAGCCUUAUGAUGGUGCUCCUCAGCGAGCGGAUCGACUUGCAGGAGCAAAUAAUCGCCAUGAAAAGUAA